AUGCUGCUCAGCUUCGCACCGUUCCGCGCGCUAGCGACGUCCCUGCUCGGCCUCGGCUCUCCCUCGACCGUGCAGGUCGUCGGCGACGCGUACCUCGACAUCAUCGCCAAAAUCGACGAGCUCCCGCAGUGGGACGGAGACACGGCGAUCCGGAGCCCGAUCGAGACCGUUGCGGGCGGCUCCGCACUCAACACGGCGGUGCAGCUCUCGGCUCUCUGCCGCACUCGCCGGCAGCGCGACCAGCCGCGGCCGUUCCGCCGCUGCGUGCUCCACUCCCGGGUGGGGUCCGAUCUCUACGGCGAGCGCCACCAGCCCAAGACCACCCGCACCAGCCACCUCCACUUCUCGGCUUACUACGACUGCUCCGGGCUGCAGCCGGCGGUGCCUCGGCUGAUGGCGCGAGCCAAGGCGGAGCGCGGUGCGACCGUCUCGAUUGUGCCUCAGACGGACGCGACAGGCGAGUGGGCAGAUUGUGGGAGAUUCGUGGGAGGCGCCUGGGAGGGGGGACUCCUCGAGCUGCUCCCGCACACAGACGUGCUGCUCUGCAACCAGCGCGAGGCCGCCUCCAUCGCCGGCGUCGCCAUCGCCGGCCGACGCGCGACAUGGUACGAGAUCUCGGAGGCGGUGCGGCGCUUGCACGCGCGCGGCGCGCCACUCGUCGUGGUGACGCUGGGACCGGACGGCGCGGCCUUCUUCUCGGAGGAGAACCUGUCGGACGGCAGAGUGUGCGCCGAGGCGGACGAGGACGAGGACGAGGACGAGGACGAGGACGAGGACGAGAGCGUCCUCGAUGUGGGGUCUUGACAUGUUGCGGGUGUGGAGCCACACUCGUUGUGGUGCGUGUGGGGCGCUCGAGUGUGGGCAGCGCGGUAGACGCACUCUCUCCAGUGUGGGUCACGCGCGCGCGCGCCCGCGCGCGCCAGCACACAUUUAGAUACUCCCUUCAGC